AUGUCAACAAUCUGCGCGGAUACGUCGUCGUCGGUCGGAACGAAUAUUCCACAUGAUCAAGUCAAGGCGGCUGGAAGCAGUUUUGAGCGCACGCAUGAUGGUGUGAGCUUGGAAUCCUCGGACGAAGAAGACCCGGAAGACUUGGACGAGCAAUGGGACGAUUGGGUUGAGGACGAAAGCACCCCCACAUUUACUUUGAUCCACCCUUCAGUCACAGCGCCAUCUGUUGAGGCCGCCCUUGAACACGACCGCAACACGCAUGGCUUUUGCCUUAGAUCACUCAUCGAAAAACUGAAGCUCGACGCUCUCGGUAGGAUAAAACUAAUAAAUUGGAUUCGUGCCGGGCCCUCGAAUAGUCGGACAAAGGCAGAAUUAGAAAACCUGACUGAAGAUACUGAUUGGUUGCAUCAAGAUUCUGAAGAAUGGCUGAUCCCAAGCUUACCUGACGAUGAGAUGCUACGAUUCGAUUUUGAUGAAGAAUUCCAUCUCGAUGAGUCAAGCCGAGAGGCGCCCCCUGCAGUAUCCGAGCAGUCCGAUCAGUGUCUUGACCUCAACCAACGCCUACUUGCAACACAACAAGAGUUAGAAAAGCUAAGAACUGUCGCGAACCGUACCAUACAUGAAGAUCCGGAUGUAAACCUAUUGAACUCCUCGCGCACCAAUCGGUGGUAUAAAUUACUGCCCUCCAGUGAUGUUGAUGGACUCUCUCAAGGGAGAACUACGGCUGUUGUUGUGGGUUCGGCGUCAUCAGACGAAGAAGACCAGGAUGACUUAGAUGAGCAAUGGGACGAUUGGGUCGAGGACGAAAGCACCCCUACAUGCACUUUGAUUCAUCCCUCGGUCACAACCCCCUCUGUCGAGGCCGCCCUCGAACACGACUUCAAGACUCAUGGGUUUUGUUUUAGAUCACUGAUCAAGAAACUCAAGCUCGACGCUAUCGGUCGAAUAAAACUGAUCAAUUGGAUUCGUGCCGGGCCCUAUAACAGUCGGACAAAGGCAGAGUUGGAAAACCUGACUGGAGACGUGGAGUGGCUGCGUCAAGACUCUGAACAAUGGCUGGUUCCAAGCUUACCCGACGAUGGAAUGUUACAGUAUGACUUUGAUGAAGAGCCUCACUUGGAUGGAACAAACACAAAGAACCCGAUGGUUAGCGGCCCCCUUGGAGCCGAACGAUCCAAUUGUCCAAUUGAACUCAACCAGCGUCUACUUGCAACCCAAAGGGAACUGGAAAGCCUGAGAGCUCUCGUCAACCGUACCAUAAACGACGACACCGAUUCAAAACCAUCACAUCAUUGGUCGAAUAAGUGA